UCUCUCCUCCAGACCUAGCCGCUGCCGGUCGCCAGUUUCUCGUCUGGCAGCCGCGUAGAGCCCGUGUCAGGACACGAUGGCGAUGAGGAGAUUGACGGCGGCGGCCCUCACUAGACGCGCCCUUCCUCCGUGCCGCCGCGCUCUCUGCUCCGGCGCGCCGCUGGGCCCGGAGCUGGACGCGGCGGUGCGCGACGUCGUGUGCUCCGGGUCCGGGAGCCUCGACGAGGUGGGGAGCAGGCUGGACCGGCUGGGCGUGGCCGUAUCGCCGGCCCUGGUCGGGCGCGUGAUCGACUCGUGCGGGGAGAGCGGCGGCGUCGGCUCGGGCAGGAGGCUCCUGCGUUUCCUGGCGUGGUGCCGGUCCAAGGACCCCGGGGCGUUGGGGGAGGGAGCGCUCGAUAGGGCGAUUGGGGUGCUCGCACGGGCUGGGGACCUAACCGCGAUGCGAAUUGCCAUUGCUGAUGUGGAGAAGGAUGGCCGAAGGAUGGCUCCGGAGACCUUUACCACCGUGGUCGAGGCCCUUGUCGAUGCGGGGAAUGAGGAUGAGGCGGUCCGGCUGUUCAGAGGCCUGGAGAGGCAGAAAUUGCUUCCUGAGCGCGGUGACAGUGUCAGAGGAGAUGGCGUAUGGUCGAGCAGCCUUGCCACGGUUCAGGCAUUGUGUAAGAGGGGCCACGCCCGCGAGGCGCAGGGUGUGGUGUGGCACCACAAGAGCGAACUAUCGGUAGAGCCUAUGGUUAGCAUUGUUGAACGUAGCCUUCUCCAUGGUUGGUGCGUUCAUGGGAACGCUAAGGAGGCUCGGAGAGUCCUUGAUGAGAUGAAAUCUGCAGGCGUUCCGUUGGGCUUGCCAUCGUUCAAUGAUUUUCUCCAUUGUGUGUGCCAUAGAAACCUCAAGUUCAAUCCCUCUGCCCUUGUUCCGGAGGCUAUGGAUAUAUUAGCAGAGAUGAGGUCCUAUGGUGUUGCCCCAGCUGCUUCUAGCUUCAACAUAUUACUUUCAUGUUUAGGCCGAGCAAGAAGAGUGAAAGAAGCUUAUAGAAUCUUGUACCUGAUGAUAGAAGGAAAGGCAGGGUGCUCACCUGACUGGGUUAGCUACUAUCUUGUGGGUAGGGUCCUCUAUUUGACUGGGAGAAUCAUUAGAGGGAAAAGGCUUGUACAUGCCAUGCUUGAAAAUGGGGUGCUUCCAACUGCUAAGUUUUUCCAUGGCCUUAUAGGUGUCCUUUGUGGAACUGAGCAAGUUGACCAUGCUCUUGAUAUGUUCAGACUCAUGGAAAGUUGUGAGUUAGUGGACACUCAUAUAUACGACCUCCUUAUAGAAAAGCUUUGUAGGAAUGGUAGAUUUGAGCUUGGAAGAGAGCUCUGGGAUGAUGCUACAAAGAGUGGCCUUGUGUUAGGAUGCUCAGAGGAUCUGUUGGAUCCCUUGAAGACAGAGGUAUUCAGACCAGCUUGUCCAGCACAAAGAUUAAGUCCUCAGAGCUAUAAGCGUCUGACACAAAGAAAGAAGAUUACUGCUGUUGGACAAAAAGAACACUGCUACCACAGCCUCAAGGAAGAAGUAGGGAGUGUAGCUUUGUUCAAGUGCUUGUUAUACUUCAUGGAUAAUUCUCAGGAUCAAGAACAUGAUUUUGGUGUAUUGCUGAAGCAGGGGGCAGAAGGGAGGGUAUUUGUUUCAACAUUUGUGGGACGGAAAUGUGUAAUCAAAGAGCGCUUUUCGAAGAAGUACCGGCACCCAUUGUUGGAUGCAAAGUUGACUCUAAAGCGCUUAAAUGCUGAAGCUCGGUGCAUGACAAAAGCAAGACGGCUUGGUGUUCCUACCCCAGUUCUUUAUGCUGUGGAUCCGCUUCUGCAUACUUUGACCUUUGAGUAUGUGGAUGGCUUGUCUGUCAAGGAUAUACUUCUUGGGUUUGGUUCAAAUGGGGUUAAUGAGGAACGUCUGAAUGAUAUUGCCACACAGAUAGGGAAUGCAAUCGGGAAACUACAUGAUGGAGGCCUGGUUCAUGGUGAUUUGACCACGUCAAACAUGAUAAUCAAGAACAGCAACAAUCAAUUGGUUCUUAUUGAUUUUGGUCUGAGCUUCACAUCAACAAUCCCCGAGGACAAAGCGGUGGACCUAUAUGUGCUAGAGAGAGCUUUGAUUUCGAUGCAUUCAUCCUGUGGGGAUGUGAUGGAGAAGAUCCUGGCGGCGUACAGAAAGUCUUCGAAGCAGUGGUGCUCCACCCAGAACAAGCUGGCUCAAGUGAGGCAACGGGGCAGGAAGCGCACGAUGGUCGGAUAAAACCUGCUGCCUGGAUAUAUUUGAAAGAAAGGCGAUCUAAAUUAUGAACCAGAAGUAUUCACGGCUCCCGCAUGAACCGAUUCCGUUGCUGUGUUUUUAAGCGACCGAUAGCGGCUUUGCCUGCUGUAUCAUUUGUACUGCUUGGAACCCAAUUGCGUCAGCGCCAGAAGUAGCGUUGCUCUGAACUGGGCAUGGUUACGUGUAUUCUGCUAGUCUGUGUGUCGUGAUCUCACCGGGCUCGUGGGCCUGAUAGGCUUGAUGUGGGCAUGUGGUAGAGGGCUCUCGCUGACUGUAUUGGGCUGUAUGUUUGAAAUGGCCGGAGUGGCAAAGAAUGAACUCUCCUUCGCCGCCACGGUCAUUUUCACU